AAGUGAGUACUAAAGUUGAAUAAACCGUUUAAAUCAUAUUAAAAUGGGUAUUAAUAAUCCUAUUCCUAGAAGUUUGAAAAGCGAAUCAAAGAAAGCUGCCAAAGUUCUUGCUUCAUUUAUUAAGCCGAACCAAGCUUUUGGACCGGAUCAAAUUAUUCCUCCACAAGUUCUCAAGAAUGCCAAAGGUCUUGCCGUUAUCACUGUAUUGAAGGCAGGCUUUUUGUUCUCGGGUAGAGCUGGUUCUGGUGUCAUUGUCGCAAGAUUGCCAGAUGGUUCGUGGUCUCCUCCAUCCGCUAUUAUUACUGCAGGUGCUGGUGUUGGUGGACAAAUUGGUGCUGAAUUAACGGAUUUUGUUUUCAUUUUGAACACUAAAUCAGCCGUUGACUCUUUUGCUCAAUUGGGAUCUGUGACAUUAGGUACCAACGUAUCUAUCGCAGCAGGUCCACUUGGUAGAAAUGCAGAGGCUGCAGGAACUGCCUCUUUGAAAAGUGCAUCCGCAGUAUUUGCGUAUUCUAAAACAAAAGGUUUAUUUGCAGGUGUUUCUUUAGAAGGAUCUGCUAUUGUGGAAAGAAGAGAUGCCAAUAGAAAGUUUUACGGACCUAACUGUAAGGCUCGUACAAUUUUAUCUGGUGCCGUUGAUGCUCCUCCAGCUUGUGAAUCUUUAAUGAGAGUUUUGGAUAGUAGAGCGUUUAACAAUAAGCUCGCUGGCGAUUCAGAUUAUGAUGACGAUUAUUAUGAUGAUAUCCCAGAUGAUUUUUCAGACUCAACUUCUUCUACAUCUCCACGUAGGAGAACGGGAGGAGGAGGAGUAGGACGUUCUAAUAGAAGAUAUUCAGGCGACAGUUAUUCCGAUGACGAUUAUUCGGAUUCAUCUGACAGAGACUAUAGAACCAACUCCACUAGACGUACUAAUGCAACCAGUAGGACCUCCCAAUUCUCGAAUUCGAACGUUUCAAGAAAAUCUACUUGGGAAGAUGAUAUUUACGAUAGAAACAAUGGUCAUUCCGAAGUUGAUAGAUUGGGUAGCAGAUUCAACAAGACUCAUAUUUCAAGUGGUGGACCAACUAGACCACCAUCUUCAAGCAAACCAAACUUUGGUGGCAACGCCAAGUCUAACUCCAGUCAAGCUAUUGCCUUGUACACAUUCAAGGGAGAACAAGGGGGUGACUUACCAUUUAGAAAAGGGGAUGUCAUUGACAUUCUUAAAAAGUCUGAUACGGCAGACGAUUGGUGGACUGGGAGAAGCAAUGGUGUUACGGGUAUAUUCCCAGCUAAUUAUGUUGAGUUGAUUUGAAGGUAAAAUGUAUGUAUACACUAA